AUGGCGAGGAGCCGGGCGGCUUACGAGUACACGGAGGCGGAGGACAAGAGCAUGCGGCUGGGUUUCCUGCUCAUCGCCGCCGGCUUGCUUUCCCUCCUGGGUCUGGGCUGCUGCUGGCUGCGCCCGGCGCUGCAGGAGCGGGGCGGCGGCGGCUCCGCCAACUGCACGGUGCUGGCGGUGCGGCAGCUGGGGGAGCGCUUCGCCUGCACCUUCUCCUGCGGGGCCGCCUGCCGCGGCACCGCCCGCUACCCCUGCCUGCAGGUGCUGGUCCGCACCUCCCGCUCCUCCGCGCCCGCCCUGCUCCAUGAGGACGAGCGGCAGCUGCGCACCAACCCCAAGUGUUCAUACAUCCCUCCCUGUGCAAGAGACGAUCAGGAGAACUCUGAGAACGUCACGUACAAGCAGAAAUACUGGAAAGAGAAAGUGGGUUCUCAACCAUUUACAUGCUAUUUUAACCAGCACUUGAGGCCGGAUGAUGUGAUGCUGAAGCGCACCCACGAUGAGACUGUUCUCUUGCACUGCUUCCUCUGGCCCGUGGUGACUUUCCUGGUUGGAGUCCUCAUCGUGGUCCUGACCAUCUGUGCCAAGAGCUUGGCUGUCAGGGCAGAGGCAAUAAAAAAGAAGAAGCAUUUGUGAGUGGCAAGGCUGCUCAUGGAAAAGAAAAACCUGCAAGAAGGUCUCAGGUGGGGCAACCUGGCACACCUGCAGGUCUGCAGGGACACCCAGCUGCGUCUCCUUCCAGGGUCUGAUCUGUGGUGGAGCUGCUCUUGUCUCAGGAUUGUUCUUGGGAGAUUGCCCCGUGAAAUGCCAGCUAAUUGCUUCUUCUGCUAUGGCACUAAAUAAGUAUAUUCUACCAAAAAAAAAGAGAAAAUCUACACUGCACCAAAUAUGCUGUGUGCUGUUAGUGCUGAAGAGU